CGCCGAUGAAAUGCGCAGGCGUCAGGCUGAGGCCGUCCCUGAGUUUCACGCAUGCGCGCAGUACACAGAAGCCUUUGAAAACGUCGGUUGCAGGUUAAAAAUGACAAGGAAUUUCUCUACGGGAAUCUCGAACACAACACGCCAGAUUUGCUGUCUUUGUCCAGAUAUUUAAGAAGCGGAGCAAGGGAAUCACUCGAUCAUCCUUCCUGCUCAGACUGUGGGGAGGGAUUCACUCAAUUGUCCGACCGACUGGCACGCCUGUCAUUUUACAAAGGGGGAGCCCAUUCCCCUGCUCAGACAGUGGGAAUGGAUUCAGUCGGUCUUCUCAACUAAAGGUACAUCAGCAAGUUCACACUGGGCAAGGCCACUCACCUGUUCUGUGAUUGAGAAGCGAUUCAGUUGGUCAACCCACACGUGGACACACCAGUCAGUUCACACUGGGCAGAGGCUGGUCAUCCACUGAAUUUGUGGGGAAGGAUUCACUCGGUCAUCUGUCCUAAUGGCUCACCAGAGAGUUCACACUGGGAAGCAGCCAUUCACCUGCUCGGACUGUGGGAAGGGAUUCACAUACUCAUCUAAACUGAAGGUACAUCAGCGAGUUCACACUGGGUAUAAGCCAUUCACCUGCUCAGAAUGUGGGAAAGGAUUCGCUCAGUCAUCCGAACUACGGAGUCAUGAACGAGUUCACACUGGGGAGAAGCCGUUCAGCUGCUCAGUCUGUGGGAAGAGUUUCACUUUGUCAUCUCUCCUACUGAGGCACCAGUCAGUUCACACUGGGGAGAGGCCAUUCACCUGCUCAGACUGUGGGAAGGGAUUCACUCGAUCAUUCUCCCUACAGAGACACCAGUCAGUUCACACUGGAGAGAGGCCAUUCACCUGCUCAAUCUGUGGGAAGGGAUUCAUUCAGUCAUCUCAUCUACAGAUACACCAGCGAGUUCACACUGGGGAGAGGCCGUUCACCUGCUCAGUCUGUGGGAAGGGAUUCACCCGGUCAUCCCAUCUACAAGCACACCAGUCAGUUCACACUGGGGAGAAGCCAUUCACCUGCUCUGUCUGUGGGAAGGGAUUCACUCGGUCAUCCACCCUACAGAGUCACCUGCAAGUUCACCCUGGAGAGAGGCCAUUCACCUGCUCAGACAUUGGGAAAAGAUUCAGCCAAAUCCAAUGAAUGUGCAUCGUUGAGUUCACACUGGGGAGAAAGUUUCGAUAAGCUGCAUGCUGGAUAAUUGUCCAUCUCUGUUGCUGAAUGCAAUUUCAAGAGUGACUGUUGGUGCUGAACUCUGCAAUUAUUGCUGCUGCUCACCACACCCAGUUCUGCACCCAGGUC